AUGGAAAUGGUGCCUGAAAAUAAGGAAGAAAAAGAUAUUCCAGAUAUAACAAGACCGUACGAUAUCGUAGUCUACGGAGCAAGUGGAUUCGCAGCCAAAUACGUCAUCAAACAACUCGAGAAGUCGGCGUAUCGCGUCAAGUUGGCAGCACGAAAUGCCUCGCGAAUUCAUAAAUCACAGUUUGACAGGGUCCAGGCGAAUUUAGAUGAAAUUGAGAAUGUCGCAAGAGAGUGCUACGUGCUGAUCAACUUGGCUGGGCCAUACACCGGAACAGGAGAGAGCGUGGUUAAGGCGUGUAUUCGAAUGGGAACAGACUACGUUGACAUCACUGGUGAAGUUGGAUUCAUGCGCAAAAUGCUCAUUGAAUACGACACAAUGGCCAAGAUAAACGGUGUAGCGGUGAUUCACAGCUGUGGAUUCGACUCAAUUGCCUCUGAUUUAGGCGCAUUGCACCUGGCUAAGUCAUUUGAUAAAGUCGCUAUAAAGGCUGUUUUGGAAGUAUCGAAACUGCGUCUUGGUCGUGGAACCUGGAAUUCGCUACUGGAAAGCAUGAGAAGCCAUCAGAAACACGUGCGUAGUAAAACAGCUCAGACUGGUGCCCCAUUCUACACCAAGGAACAAGAUCACUAUUUGCUGAAAUACAUUGGCCCUGAUGCAUUUGUGGUGAAGAAAUCGGCUGAAAGACUCAGUAGCAUUUUCGACUACAAAUUCACAAUUUAUUUGAAGGUCUAUUCAGCAAUAAAACUAUACUGCAUGCUGGUGUGGCUCUACCUGAUCAAUAAGCUGGUUCAAUACGAUUGGAUUCAUAGGCUCCUUAUAAGCAACCCAGGAAUCAGCACAUUUGGCGUAUUUAGGAAUCAGUUGCCUACUGCUGCUGAAUUGAAACAAAUCAGGUUCAAAAUGGUUCUGGUUGGAGAAGGAACAAGAAGAAGCAAACGGAUUGUAAAGCGGACUACGAUAAGUGGACCAGAUCCAGGAUACAGUUCAUGUGCGAUAUUCGUGACAGAAUGUGCCUAUCAGCUGCUUCGGAACAAGGAGAAGUGCGUCUUAGGAGUCAAUACGCCUGCAGUUGCAUUUCAUAAAACAGAUGUGAUUGAAUGCAUAAAACAACAAGGAAUUGGAUUCAGCACCGAAACAGUUUCACAGGAGUUGUAA